CGUACGGGGGGAGGGCAGGAAAAACAAGCACAGAAAAUUGUUCGAGUUAAACGAAGAACUCCAAGCUAUCAUCACUGAGCUGUUAUCUAAUUUAGACCAAUGCAUGGAAAAGAUUAUCCGUCAGUUUGUGACUUGCGGUGUUUCGCUUCGUAAAGGUUGCUUUAGCGUUCAUCCGGUAAAAAUAAAAGUGCUCGGUCUGGGUAGCUCGUAUUUGUGUUACUGUACAGCUAGUACAGAACUGUUAUGAUGUGUCAAUAAGUUUAAAGGUGGACGGAGGCUGGAAUGAGAAGGCCCUGGUGUUUGAGCUUGGUUACAGAGGUCAUCAUCAUCGCAUGACAAAGCCUGAGUGACAGAUUCAUCCUCAUCUUUCAAAUACAGUGUUACCAUAUUCUGUGACUAAGGCCACCAGCAUGAAAGGUGGAGGCCGCGGGAAGGAGCCACCUGUGGAGGGGGAGGUCAGCGGCAAACGGCCCAAACGCAAGUGUCUGCAGUGGCAUCCUCUUCUCUCUAAGAAAGCCCUGGACUUCUCAGAGGAGGAAGAGGAGGAGGAUGAGGAGGAGCUGGUUAAAGGGACCGUGCUGUGUGCACAAAGUGUCGGACCGGAGGUGCCGUGUGUGCCUGUGGAGGAGGGAGAGGAGGACACAUCCGAGCAGCGCGCCCGUCGGCCCAUGAAUGCCUUCUUACUUUUCUGCAAGCGCCACCGCUCUUUAGUUCGCCAGGAGCACCCCCGUCUGGACAACCGUGGGGCCACAAAAAUCCUAGCAGAUUGGUGGGCAGUGCUGGAGCCCAAGGAGAAGCAAAAAUACACGGACAUGGCAAAAGAGUAUAAAGAUGCCUUUAUGAAGGCGAACCCUGGGUAUAAAUGGUGUCCAACUACCAACAAGCCUGUCAAGAGUUCCUCUCAAACAGCUGGCAAUGCCCGCAAAAAAGUCUGGUCUUUCCCCACCAACCCCACGAAGGACCCUCCUGUUGCCAAAAAAGUGCCCAAGACUGACAACAAGCCACAGCUUAACUUCGCCAUGGCAGAUCCUACUAAAAUGGGGGGACUAAGUAUGCUGCUGUUGGCUGGUGAGCAUGCCCUGACUGCCAGAGAGCUGUCGUCUAACACGUCCCCCACUGUUGUCACAAAUGCUCCGAAACACAAUGGGAAAUCUGCCCUCUUUCAGCUUGCUGAGAUAUCCUCCAACACUCAUCAACCUCCUGCGGAAUGUAAACAGGAAGAGAAGAGUCCACUGGAAAGUCUCACUGAGUCCUCUGGAAGUUCAGUGCCUGGUCCACCAGUCUCACCCAAAAACCAUGCCAUGUCCCCUUUAUUUCAGCUAGCGGAGAUUUCCUCCGGUACCUCCAAGACUUCUGUUCCUGAUGGAAAACAGUGUGGACAGUCAGCUCUCUUCCAGCUUGCUGAGAUGUGCUUGGCUUCUGAGGAGGAGAAAAGAGAGGCCUUGUCUUCCCAGCCUGCAGGCGACUCGGCUCCUGUUUUCUCUGAGAACAGUUCCACAAACAUGGAUCCCAUGGAUCAAAGAAACUCCCCAGACCUCCCUCAAUCCACACCUUCCCUUUCCUCCUCAGCCUCCUCUUCCUCCUCUGCCUCCUCUACCCAACAGAUAAAACACCACCACUGCUCAGCCAGCAAGAAUGUGAAAAAGAAAAAGAAGGACUGCAAAGAAACUCUCAAGGCUGAUAAGACUCAAGCUUCGGUGAAAAAAGCCCCCAAGAAGCGGCAGUCCUCGGAGUCUGACUUGGACAGUGUCAUUGAAGCUGUGGCUAAAGGGACCUGGGGUACGGAAGAGACACCCGCGAAGAAACCCUGUGUCCCAAACAGUGACAAAAGCACUCCCCUGGAGUUACAACAUUCACCAAAAAAGAAGAUGAAGCCUAAAGCGAAGAAACCACUCAAAGCAAAAGAAGAGACCGUGGAGGAGGAGGGGGACCUACAAGCAGAAAGAAAGAGAAAGAGAAGGAGAAGGAGGAGGAGGGAGGAAAAGGAAUCGAAAGAGGGGGAUAGAGAGCCAGACGUUUUUCCUGUGGUGAAGGAAGAGCUGCCAAUCUCCCCAAAGAUGGAAGUCGAGGCCCCCUGCAUGAAAACUGACUCCCUUCUGGAAAAGGAGGACAUGGAUUCCCAGAGCCCACUGGAGGCCCUGGUCAAAUCUGAGGAGAGAGACGCGGAGGCCAAGUCUGAAAACUGUGGCUCCAGGAAGUCCGAGAGAAGCUGCAAGGGGGCCCUGUACAAAACGCUGGUGUCAGAGGGGAUGCUAACAUCACUGAGAGCAAAUGUGGACAGAGGAAAGAGAGGCUCUGUCCGAGGGAGUGUAUCUGAUCAGGAAGGAUCCUGGACUGAGGAGGCCUGGACGUUUCCUCAAACCGGUGCAAGCAACCCCAAGAAGUUAAAAAAGUCUAAAUCUAAAGAUGAGACUGCACCAGGUCUAGGGAAGCUUGAAGAGGAGUUUGAGAAGAAGUUCAACAGCUUGCCACAGUACAGCCCUUUGACAUUUGACAAAAAGAACACCUCCGUCACCAAGAAGAAAAAAACAUUUUCCCUCCCCGUCACUGAUCAAGCCAAGCCUAGCAAAGGUUCAUCUGCAUCUCAGAAAAAAACGUUAUUCCACAAGAUCGUUAGCAAGUACAAGCACAAAAAGGAGAGGCCCAAUACCUUGGAUAAAGCCAUAACCAUGAGCGAGUCCCCUGUGCCCGAGGCCCUGCAGAAGGACAAGCCAUGUGGCCAGGUGUCUCUGGAGGCCCAGCGGGCUGCAGAGAUGCCGGUGGGCAGUCAGAAGAGGAAGGCCAGGAAGAGUAAGAUCACCCACCUGGUGCGCACCGCUGAUGGCAGGCUGUCCCCAGCAGAGGAAGACAAAGCCAAGGAGUUGUCCCAGGACAAGGAUGAAAAGCCAUUAACCGAAGAGUCUUUAUGCAAUGAAGAGGGGUGCUUCACUGAAGCAGACCGGAGGGAUGCACCGGAGGGCCUUCCAGCCUUCUUCAGCCUAGCUGCCCUCGCUGAAGUAGCAGCCAUGGAGAACGUGCACAGAGGUCAGCGUGCUGUCAGUUUGCCGAGUGAGAGCCAAGCGAAGGACAUGGCUGCCCAAACCCCUGUGCUGAUCUCCUGUGCUGACCAGUGAGGGCUCUCUUGGCUGGCCCCCUCUGAACAGACAAACAUGGUGCGUUUCACCCCACAAACUCUCGACCUCGUGCUGGGAUGGGACAGAGGGACACUGGGGAGAUGUGCUCUGAAGUGGCCUCCAGGGGCUGCUCUGGUCUGGGAGUGAAAGAGCAUGGGGAGGAGGGUGCCUUUCACCUGGGAGCUUCCCAGAUGCAGCCCACACUUGCAGCCUAUGGAGGAGCUAGGUUGGCCCUAGAGUGUGGCCUCCUCACCUGGUGGCUGGGACGGGUUAGCAGACAUUGUUGCACAAAAAUGGCUGCCAUUUUAAGGUCAAGUUUUGCAUUUUAAAAGUGCAUUCGGGGGGAGGGAGUAUCUUGGUCAGGUUUUUUUUUUUGUUUGUUUGUUUGUUUCGUUUUGCUGCUUUGUUUCACAGAUGUUUCUUCCACGUAGCAGAGCUCUCUGUACGGGCGAAUGAAAUCUUGUGGCUUCCUGCAGUCCUUCCUACUCUAGACCAAAUUCACACAGCCAGUAGCCUGCACAAAUGCUUGAACAGCCACCAUACCUCUUGUCUCUCUUUCUGAAUAAUAACAGGUUAGCUUUUUAUUCUAGAUUCUCAGAUCCCUCAAGGUUACCUUAAAAAGAAUGAGUGAGUGGGUGAUGUCUGGGAACUAGGUAUUUGCCAAGAUAAUGCAGUAGGUCUUACAUGAUCACUAAAUAGUUGUCGGUGUACAUUGUCACUCAGUGAUGGGAGGUCUCUUAAUUUAGGCGACCCAUAUUGGUUUGGUUAGGUAGGUAGGGCACUGAUGGUAAAUGGUUGGUGAGAACGGUUUUAUUUCUCAAUAUACCCACUGCAUGUUUGCUGUUGCUGAGGGCUUGAACGAAAGCUCCUUAAAGGAAAAGUUCACUCUAGUCCACUUGAAAAUGCUCAAAACGUUUAGUUUAGUUUAGUUUAGUUGUGGUGCCAUUUUAUUGUUCCAUGGUAUCUGUUAUGUCUUAAGAAAUUGGCUGUAAACAUGGCAUAUUCUGACAUCGGUUUCCAAAAGCUUCAGUUUCUAUUCACUGGUUUAAAUCAUCAUUUGCAAAAACCCGGGGCAUAAAUGAAGAUCGCAAAACAUGCUACAUUUUCCGGUAUGCACUGCUGCUUCAAGACCCCACAGUACAGUAUGUGCAGUUGUAUGUAUAAGUUUGGUCACCUCUGAGCAAAAUCUGUAUACUUUUUGUUGUGAAGCAUAAAUAUAUAACCACAGCAAAAUAGCUUAAAAACAAACUUAAAAUAUUUUUUUUAAAAAAAGAGAGAAUUGCUUCAUAUUUGUAAGCAGUUUAGUAGUGAAUAUGUGUUUAAAGCAUCCAAAAAUGACCUAGACAUGGUGACCAGGGGAUUGCACUUCCUGAUUGCAAUUGUCAGGCUGAAGUGUCAUUAAGUAAUGACUGUUAAAUUUGAAUGUGAAAGUCAAGAUAAGAUUAACUUACUCAGAUAAACCUCUGCUGGGCAGAAAGGCCAACCAAACAUCUUUUUUUUUUUUUUCUCUCGGGUGAAAAUUAGGUUGAGGUGGUAGUGAGCUGUGCCACAGGGUGGGAGGGGUGAGGAACAGUGUGGACAAAAAUGCUUAUGAGAACACCUGGGAAGAUUACCAUUUUAAAAUAAUCUCAAAAUGUCGGCUUCGAUGCACUCUAAUAGGCCUACACUCCUCAACACUUUGUAGGCUGCACUCUAGUGCAAUCCAGUGCAUUCGUCCUGCUCUUCUUUGGCAGUUUCAGAUGCCUUUGCUCAAAGUACAGAUUACGCAUUAAGUGACACUACAUCACCAUAGUGCUCAAGAAAAGUAAUGUUUCCCUUGCAAAUGUGUUGGGAGAUGAGUUUCACCCAACACAUUACCCCUGAUAUGUCUGACAAAUAGGCAUAACCCAUUUUGAAGAAUGUAUCCCUCAAGAUAUCUCCAAAUUCAGAAUACAAACGUUACAUAGUCUAGAACAGGGAUGGGCAACUUUGAUGAUGGAGAGGACCACAAAUAUUUUAUUGCUGCUGUCAGAGGACCAGAUGUGACCAUGUACGUCCAUCAUUGAGAUAAGUAGGUCAUCAGUAGUCAGCUGAAUUAAAUAUACAUAUAUCUAUAUAUAUUUAUAUUUAUAUUAUAUAGUAUAUUAAUGUUUAUUAAACCAGCAUGCUUUAAUUUAAUAUUGUUUAUGCUCAUGCAUUGUUUGAUAUUGCUUCUAUUUUAAUGCAUUUAAUGCAUUGAAAAAAACGGGUAGGGCUAACCACAACCACUCAAGCAAGUAGUAAUGGAAAAAGCUAAUAACCCAGUAAACACCAAUUCUGUUUGGAAAUGUAUUUGUAUUAUUGUAUUUUAGCAAGUGCAUUUUAAACUCCUACAACAAAAUUCCAUGAUAUUCCAUGACCUUGCCCCCCCAAAUAUAGAAUUCCCUGACAUUCCAUGUCUGGAAUAGACUUAAUUAAAAUUCGCUAUGACAGCGGCUGUAGCAGCUCUAGUGCAGCCUACUUUGGUGCAUGGUAUUGUAGGGGCUUAUCGUUUGUGAUAUACUGGUGGGAAUUCUUCCCACUAUAACAAUAAGUAAUCAUGCAAUAUAAAUGAUAAAGCUUAGUUAAUGCUGUAUUUCUGUGGGUGACGCAUUUGAAGCUUACUGUGCAGAGCGAAAAAGAGCAUAGCAGAAGGUGGGAAAAAUUAGCCUGGCCCUGCUCACCUAGAUCUUCUUUCAGGGAGAUCUUGUCUGGCAACCCCAUAGUUCAAAACCGUUUCCCUCAAGCAAGAAAAAUGUCAGGCCAAUCAGUGACAAGAGGGGAAGACGAAACCGAAACUUAUUAUGAUAAACAGAAGCUGCAACACCUGCAAACAUCACUGUAAUGUAACGUUAGGAAUCUCUGAUCAAUGUGAUUGGUAAGGCUGGACCAAUGAUUUCCAAAGUUAGUGCCCGUUGCGAUGCAAGUGUUGCAAACGUUUCCCAAUCGAGAGUUCCCAGACUCUAUUCACGUUGUAAAAAGGUUCGGUGGGGCCAGGCUAAGGAAAAAUCGGAUGUAGAACAAACAUCCAUAAUAUGCAAAGCUUGCGAAAAGAUAGUGCUUACAAAUGGUGGAACCAGGAUUAGAUUUAUUAGCUGCCUACAAAGAUUAUCUGCGGAAAGAGUGCCAAACAAAGUGCUGAGUUAGGGUGCCCAAACAUACCAAUCAGAAUUUCAACUGUGAUGCAGGGUUCCAUGUUAAAAAUCAACAGAAUUUUAAUUUUCUUCAGAGGUGUCCAAACUUGCAUACAACUAUAAUGUAAGCCAUUCAGGGUAAAACAGUAGAUGGCUACGAAUUAUCGAGAACACCAACUUUGGUGAGUAAUUGGUUAAAACUUGUUAAGCAAUAUUUUUUCUUUAAACCAUUGUAAUGCUUUUCAGGGUUUCUUUUCCUUUAUGAUUCAUCACAACUUCCUAGCCCAUAGAGUUAACAUAUACAGACACACACACACUCACACAUGCUUCCUUCUCAUAGUUUUUUGAAGCAGUUUGGGGAUACUUGAAUGGCGAAUUGCAUUUUAUUUCAAUACUUGACCUACAGUCUGUGUGGUAUCUAGAGAACUAAUCCAAAAGAAUGCGACUAUUUUGCUAAUAUAGUUCAAUAACACAGACACUGCACUAAUAUUUUGCUUGAGUAGUAAAUGAAUUUAUAUAUAUGUGUAUAUGCAUGUAUAUGCAUAUAUACAUGCAUAUACAUAUAUAUGUAUGCAUAGAGCAAUUUUUCUUUUCUUUUUUUUUGUUCUUCCAUAUUUGGAUAUCAAAGUGUCAUUCAGUUUUCAAUUUUCAGUUCUUGGCAGUCAGGCCAUUACUCGUGGCAUCCAAGUUGAAUUGUCAUUGUCUGGUUGUACGAUUUUCCUUCCCUUGGUCUUGAUUAAGUGUAGAAGCCUGCUAUUCAUUCCCUGUUUAAGUAGCUGGUCCUUGGUGGUAUGAUGUACCUUAUUCAUUUCAUUCCUCUGUGUUCCCAGCAAGUGGACACAGGAGUUAGAGGUGAGGGCUCUCACACACAUUCUUUUUUGUCCCUUGUUCCUCUUAGUUUGUAUUUAUUUUUUAAUCACAAAUUUUUCACCUCUCUGGUUGAUCUACAGCUGCUUGACUCUGUCAGCUAGUUUUUGUUUCCUCGUUAGUGAAGCCACUAAAGGCAGCACCUCUAUUGGUCAGUAUGUCUUGGUCAAAUAGAUAUUAAUAUACACUGCAAUUAUUCAGACAUAUUCUCAAAAGAAUAUAAUUCAUUCUCACUAGACUUAACUAACCGUUUGCAGUAUAUUUGUGUCCAUGGAGAUUAUUACACUCUGUUAUAACCAGGGAAAGUUCAAAUGACCAUUCUCAGUGAAUUCUAAAGCCUUUUUAGAACCUACAGUACUUGAGCCACAUCUCAUUCACGGUGUAUGAAGGAAUGAUGCUGCAGGCCAGAUCAUAGCUUAAGAAAACUACCACAAUACCCUAAGUGUUGCCAUCAUCAUGAAAUUUCACUUAUAUUUGAAAUAAUGUUGACCAAUGUUUUUUGAUUUAUAGAUUUCUUCUUUUUUUCGACACUUUGCUCCUAACAAUUGUCUGUGAAUUUAUAAAAGAUGUCUUUUUUUACUUAAACACUUUUGUUUUCGUUCACUAUUAUUGUUAUUAUUAUAAUUAUUAUUAUUAUUAUUAUUAUUCAAUUUUAAAUAUUGUGAGUGUUUCAGUGUUGUUUUACUGGCUUUGUUUCCUUCCAGGUGAUUUUUAGUUCUUAACCUCAGUCUUUCCUGAGGUCCAGUUUACUGGAUGAAGACUGUUGUCGAAAUCUCAUAAUCUAAAACUGUAUCUAUGCUUACCUGUUAAGCCAAUGAGCACUGAGAAACAAUGCACAGCUUUUAGAUAAGUAGUUCAUGUUUCUCUGUUUUCUUCUGGGAAUAUAUAUUCUUAAAGCAACUGCGUUGCUAUUUUUGGCUGAUGUGUAAAGUGGGUAGGGGUAUAAUUACUACAGGAAGAGGCUAUGAAUGUCUUGUCCUUUGUAUAAAUGAGACGUUUAGUCAAAGCCAAGGGAUUACAUCUGUAUGUGUUUGAAGAAGUCUGUUUUUUAUGUUAAUCAACUAGGUGUACCUAAUACAUAAAUGAUAUUGGUAUAUUGCGACACAGUGUGUAGCAGCUCUUCCUAACUUGCUAAAUGGCAUCUCACAGCAAAGGUAGGCCAGGCCCAAACCCUGCUGACUUUUACCCUUGCUUCUAGUGAGUGGAUGCUUCAGUUGAAGCUAGACUUUAGAAAUGCAUUAAAGGCCCUGUUUUGAAAGAAUUGAAGUUUGAAAUAGGUUUCAAAAUAUUUUCUAAGAAAAACAAUAGAAUUUUUUGUGAUGUUUUUUGCUAAGCAAUUUUUGAAUGAAGCCAGUAUGUGCUUGCUUACACAUUUCCAGCGAUAAAUUUCGAUACAAAUUUUGGAUUUUUUAAAUUCGUAAUUUACAUUAUGGAUCAUUAAAUGUUUUGAGAAGUUUAGAAAAUUUAACAAAUUAUGUCUUCCCAAAAUGAUUUAUGCUUAAAUGUAUGUUCUUCCCAGCAAUCAAUGGCUAAGGUACUGACUAAUGAAGUAUCAUGUACAGUGUAAUGGACAUUAAAAGUGGUUAUAUAGACAUUUGCCAAAGAGAAGGGAAAGUUGUCUUUAAAAAGAAAUUCUAUGAAAAUUCAGAGAGACAAGCAAUUGCUCCGAGUUUUUGUUUGCAUAAAUCUUCAGGUAGAAAGUAUAUAUUGUCAGCACAAAUACUUCUAGUGGGUUACCUUUGACUUUUAACAAAGUACUGGCACCUUUGAAUGCCUCUUAAUUAAAAAAAAAAAAAAGAAUUUGCACCUUAAACCCUAACCAAAAUGAUAUGUUACAAAAUCUUUAUCCCCAUUACUUACAUUUCGCAUUCAUCCCAUUUUAGCUUAAUUUUUUAAUCCACCAUAAUAUCAAGAAGAAAUUUUACAGCGUAUGUUUUUGCUGUUGUAUGUGUGUGAGCGUGUAUGUGUAUGCAUUGCAGAAUUUUGGUAUAAUUUGAGCAUUAGGCAUGAAAUUGUCCCAUUUCCAGUUUGCCAUUGAAAGUCACCCACCCUCUCAACUUCUGUCACCUUUUUCUAUGUAGGAGAUGCCUCUAUAAACCUAUAUUGCUUAACAGACUAUUAAUAAUACCCUUUUGUGCUAGUACUGUCUCCUGAAUGUAAUGGAUUUUGUACCUGUAUUUUUCUAAUUCUAAUCCCGUCUUUCUGUAUGUUAUGGAAAAAGUAAGAAAGAAUUUUAGGCUGUUGACACAAGUGAAUCAUUUGUAAUAGCUUACAAAAGAGUUAUCACAAUCAUAAAGAAAAUGUUUUGAGCCAGCUCAACCUUGCUUCAUACAUUACUUCACAUGACAACAGAGAAAAAGGCAAACUUGUAAGAGUCUAAAAGUACGCCCUGAUUCUGAGGUCAAAUCUAAAGUGAAAUCGGGGGCAACCAUUAUAAACAUUUGCCAAAUCCUCUAUAUCAAGUGUAUUUAUUUUCUUUUUUUUUCUUUUUAUAAGUUGUUUAAGUCUUAAAACCUGAAUAUGCACCCAGAAAAAUGGCAGAUAUAUUAUAUUCUCUGUUCAAGAAUGUACCUUCAUGGCUAUUAAAGUAUUUGUGAAGCAGUCUUGUCAAAGGUUUACACCAGGUCUGUUUCCUUGAGGGUUUAUAAAAUAUGUGCUUGACCUAAUUUAUGUCAAUAGUACUGUAUUAUGAUAUGUAUGGACUUGAUUGUUACAGCCCAGAUGUUAAUGCAGCCUUGCCUUACUGGACACCCUGUGUAGAAAGGGAUUCCUUUGCCAUUGCCCUCAGCCCUUUUCACUGAGUUGUAUGUCAUAACACUGUCUGCUGACGCAACGCAAUUAUUCCUUGAACACCUAUUAAAGUAACAUAUGUUUAA